AUGGCGCUCGACCAGCAGCGCAAUUGGACUAUCUCCAUGGCCGAGAGCCUGCAGGCCACAAAGGACAAGACAGCCGCCGCCGCAAAACCACACGAGCAAUCAACAGCAUCAUUCCCAAUCAGAGACGACGACCCGAAACCCCAUGGAUACCACUCGACAGAACCCGCAUACCUCCCCGACGAACUCGUACUCGAGAUCCUUUCCUACGUCUCGCACACGCCCGAAGCGCAAAAGUCUCUCCACACCUGUUGCUUGCUAUCGAGGCAAUGGUAUACCGCCGCUCUGCCCUAUCUCUACGCCUACCCGAAGAUAUAUGGCAAAAACUACGACCCCUUCGUACGCACCUUGUGCCCUUCGAUCAAUCUUAGAGUCAAAGACAGCCCUCUAGCCAGUCUCGUCAAGGUGCUGAACUUGGGCCUACUGGUCCAUCACAGUAGCAAGAGUGUGACUGCAAGGGUCCUGCGCAGGACAGAGGCCAGUCUGGAAGAGUUUGUCGCGCCACAAGCCUCGUUUGCAAUUAACAGCUUUGCUGCCUUGUCAAAGUCGCACAAUCUUCGCAGUCUUGACCUCUCCCUUGUGUCGGAAGCACAACCUUUGGACAAGCUCUUCAGCUCCCUCAGAUCACUGAAACAUCUCGAGCGUCUACGCUUCCCACGCUCUUCGGGCUUCGGCGCAAAGACUGUGGAUCCUGACUCGAUCAUUUGGCCUCCUGCUCUCAAAGAUCUUUAUCUCAGCGGUGGCAUCGAUGCCAACUUCCUCUAUGGCAUCGUCCACUUCCCUCCCUCUCUGGAACGUCUGACCAUCGAGCACUGUCCUCAAGCAAAAUCACACGCGAUCCGCGCACUCCUCACCACUCUCUCACGCGCUCGCCUACCCCUCAAGUCACUCUCCUUGUCACACUUGCCGCGACUGGGCAUAAGCUCUCUGGACCCUGUGCUUGGCCUGUUUCCAGACCUCGAAGAGCUUAGUGUCAGCGUCGACUAUAUCACUCCUGCAAUCUUCAAUCCGGAUUUCCAAGAAUGGCAGUCAGAGGACACUCCCAACUUCACAAACCACAAGUUGCGCACGCUCGCUUUCACCAACUCUGGUAACCCUGGUGUGGACGACAAGUUCUCUCCGAUUGACGUUCUCUUGACACUGGACGAAGGGUCAUUCCCGAACCUGCGAAAGGUCAGGAUUGCAAGGAGCUUGGGAUGGGAGCGUGGUGAAACACGAGACGAGACCGAAGCUCUGAUUGACAGACUGGUCGAACUCGGAACAAAAGACUACGAGGAAAAGACGGGUGUGUUUGCUGCCAUGUCAACCCACCAGUGGAGAAAUGCCAAUUGGAAAGAUUGGGCUGGUGUUUGGAUCAUUGACUAG